GGGGACAGCACUGAGCUCAUAGAGAAUAAAACCCAUUUUCAACCAGCGAAGAAGAAAACCAGGAGGUGCUGUUGGUAAAGCUCUCCAGCAUGGCGGGCAGACGUGCUCUGAAGGCGGUGCUCAUUGACCUGAGUGGAACUCUACAUAUAGAAGACAUGGCAGUGCCCGGGGCACAGGAUGCCCUAAACAGUUUGAGCUUUGGUGCUGUCAGGUUACGGCAGGCGUCUGUAGCUGUGAAGUUUGUGACCAACACAACAAAGGAGAGCAAGAGGAACUUACUGGAACGCCUGCAACGUCUCAACUUUGACGUUAAGGAAAAAGAGAUCUUCACUUCACUGAGUGCAGCGAGGAGUUUGUUAGAGCAGAAACAACACAGACCGCUGCUGCUGGUGGAGGACAGCGCACUGGAAGACUUCACUGGUAUUGACACAUCAGCGCCAAAUGCUGUUGUCGUUGGACUCGCUCCUGAUCACUUCAACUACCAAACACUCAACAAGGCUUUCAGAAUGAUUCUGGAUGGAGCUCCUCUCAUCGCCAUCCAUAAGGCUCGGUACUACAAACGUAAGGAUGGUCUGGCCCUCGGUCCCGGGCCCUUUGUGACGGGGCUUGAGUAUGCCACGGACUGUAAAGCUACCGUUGUGGGGAAGCCGGAGAAGACUUUUUUCACACAGGCUCUGACUGAUUUAGGAUGUAGCCCAAAUGAAGCUGUCAUGAUAGGAGAUGACGCCAGAGACGAUGUGGGCGGGGCUCAGAACGCAGGAAUGUUGGGAAUUCUGGUCAAAACAGGUAAAUACAGAGAAGGAGAUGAGAAUAAAAUCAACCCUCCUCCCCACGUAACAUGUGACAGUUUCCCAGAGGCUGUCGAACACAUUCUGAAGAACCUGCUAUAAGCUACAAGUAACAAUAGAAUCUUUCAUUUGCACAAGAAAACACUUGAAUUUAUAAUUGUUGAAGACUGUUGGUGUGGUAAGAAGGCAGAACGUUAUUAAAUGACUCCCCCUCAUCCCCCAAGAUUAAGAUAAACUAACCAUUCUGUAAUCAUUGUCUGAUUGUCCCAAAAUCAAAGAUAUACUUUUACAAAAAAAAUGUCCAUUUGAGUGUGGGACUACUUAUUCCCCCGCAUUUCGGAAUCACCCACCACCUGUUGCCAUAGUAAGAAAAUGUUUUGUCAUUAUAUUACAAUGUAUAAAUAUAAGUUUGAAUGAAAAAUAUUCAGCUGGUAACUAUUGUUUAUUAUUCCAUUGUGCUUAUGAUCAUUGUACAGAUAAACAAAAUAAAGAAAGACUCCAUCAAAAUUA